CGCGUACCUGGAGUGCCAGAAAAAUGGUGGUGACGGCGCGCCUCUCGAGGCCCGAGCGGCCGGAUCUUGUCUUCGAGGAGGAGGACCUCCCCUAUGAGGAGGAAAUCAUGCGGAACCAGUUCUCCGUCAAAUGCUGGCUCCGCUACAUUGAGUUUAAGCAGGGUGCCCCGAAGCCCAGACUCAAUCAGCUCUAUGAGCGGGCACUGAAGCUGCUGCCCUGCAGCUACAAACUCUGGUACCGCUACCUGAAGGCACGCCGGGCACAGGUGAAGCAUCGCUGUGUGACCGACCCUGCCUACGAAGAUGUCAACAACUGCCACGAGAGGGCCUUUGUGUUCAUGCACAAGAUGCCCCGGCUGUGGCUAGAUUACUGCCAGUUCCUGAUGGACCAGGGACGCGUCACACACACGCGCCGCACUUUUGACCGUGCCCUCCGAGCGUUGCCCAUCACACAGCACUCUCGUAUUUGGCCCUUGUACCUGCGCUUCCUGCGCUCACACCCCCUGCCUGAGACCGCUGUGCGGGGCUACCGGCGCUUCCUCAAGCUGAGCCCCGAGAGUGCCGAGGAGUACAUUGAGUACCUCAAGUCGAGUGACCGGCUGGACGAGGCCGCACAGCGCCUGGCCACCGUGGUGAACGACGAGCGCUUCGUGUCCAAGGCCGGCAAGUCCAACUACCAGCUGUGGCACGAGCUCUGCGACCUCAUCUCCCAGAACCCAGACAAGGUGCAGUCUCUCAGUGUGGACGCCAUCAUCCGCGGGGGCCUCACCCGCUUCACCGACCAGCUGGGCAAGCUCUGGUGCUCGCUGGCCGACUACUACAUCCGCAGCGGCCACUUCGAGAAGGCUCGGGACGUGUACGAGGAGGCCAUCCGGACCGUGAUGACCGUGCGGGACUUCACCCAGGUGUUCGACAGCUAUGCCCAGUUCGAGGAGAGCAUGAUUGCGGCGAAGAUGGAGACGGCCUCGGAGCUGGGGCGGGAGGAGGAAGACGACGUGGACCUGGAGCUGCGCCUGGCUCGCUUUGAGCAGCUCAUCAGCCGGCGGCCCCUGCUCCUCAACAGCGUCCUGCUGCGCCAGAACCCGCACCACGUGCACGAGUGGCACAAGCGCGUGGCCCUGCACGAGGGCCGCCCGAGGGAGAUCAUUAACACGUACACGGAGGCCGUGCAGACUGUGGACCCCUUCAAGGCCACCGGCAAGCCCCACACCCUGUGGGUUUCGUUCGCCAAGUUUUACGAGGACAACGGGCAGCUGGAUGACGCCCGCGUCAUCCUGGAGAAAGCCACCAAGGUGAGCUUCAAGCAGGUGGACGACCUGGCCAGCGUGUGGUGCGAGUGUGGCGAGCUGGAGCUCCGGCACGAGAACUACGACCAGGCCUUGCGGCUGCUGCGAAAGGCGACGGCGCUGCCCGCCCGCCGCGCCGAGUACUUCGACGGCUCGGAGCCCGUGCAGAACCGCGUAUACAAGUCUCUGAAGGUGUGGUCAAUGCUGGCCGACCUGGAGGAGAGCCUCGGCACCUUCCAGUCCACCAAAGCCGUCUAUGACCGCAUCCUGGACCUGCGCAUCGCCACACCCCAAAUCGUCAUCAACUACGCCAUGUUCCUGGAGGAGCACAAGUACUUUGAAGAGAGCUUCAAGGCGUACGAGCGCGGCAUCUCGCUGUUCAAGUGGCCCAACGUGUCCGACAUCUGGAGUACCUACCUGACCAAGUUCAUCGCCCGCUACGGGGGCCAGAAGCUGGAACGGGCACGGGACCUGUUUGAGCAGGCACUGGAUGGCUGCCCUCCCAAAUACGCAAAGAGUGAGGAGGGUCAGGGCCCAGGCUGGACCAGCUGGACCAGUCAGGGCCCAGUCAGGGCUGGAGCUGGACCAGUGAGGCCCAGGCUGAACAGGUGUGGCUAUGACUGGGUGUGCGGGGCGAGCUCUUGUCCGGGACAGUGGUGGGUGGCUGACAGAAAGCCCAGAGUGGGAGGGGCACGGUGGCACGGCCCUGUGGCCCCACUGACAGCUGGCGGGUGGACGGGUGCCCAGCUGAGCCCCGAGAGUGCCGAGGAGUACAUUGAGUACCUCAAGUCGAGUGACCGGCUGGACGAGGCCGCACAGCGCCUGGCCACCGUGGUGAACGACGAGCGCUUCGUGUCCAAGGCCGGCAAGUCCAACUACCAGCUGUGGCACGAGCUCUGCGACCUCAUCUCCCAGAACCCAGACAAGGUGCAGUCUCUCAGUGUGGACGCCAUCAUCCGCGGGGGCCUCACCCGCUUCACCGACCAGCUGGGCAAGCUCUGGUGCUCGCUGGCCGACUACUACAUCCGCAGCGGCCACUUCGAGAAGGCUCGGGACGUGUACGAGGAGGCCAUCCGGACCGUGAUGACCGUGCGGGACUUCACCCAGGUGUUCGACAGCUAUGCCCAGUUCGAGGAGAGCAUGAUUGCGGCGAAGAUGGAGACGGCCUCGGAGCUGGGGCGGGAGGAGGAAGACGACGUGGACCUGGAGCUGCGCCUGGCUCGCUUUGAGCAGCUCAUCAGCCGGCGGCCCCUGCUCCUCAACAGCGUCCUGCUGCGCCAGAACCCGCACCACGUGCACGAGUGGCACAAGCGCGUGGCCCUGCACGAGGGCCGCCCGAGGGAGAUCAUUAACACGUACACGGAGGCCGUGCAGACUGUGGACCCCUUCAAGGCCACCGGCAAGCCCCACACCCUGUGGGUUUCGUUCGCCAAGUUUUACGAGGACAACGGGCAGCUGGAUGACGCCCGCGUCAUCCUGGAGAAAGCCACCAAGGUGAGCUUCAAGCAGGUGGACGACCUGGCCAGCGUGUGGUGCGAGUGUGGCGAGCUGGAGCUCCGGCACGAGAACUACGACCAGGCCUUGCGGCUGCUGCGAAAGGCGACGGCGCUGCCCGCCCGCCGCGCCGAGUACUUCGACGGCUCGGAGCCCGUGCAGAACCGCGUAUACAAGUCUCUGAAGGUGUGGUCAAUGCUGGCCGACCUGGAGGAGAGCCUCGGCACCUUCCAGUCCACCAAAGCCGUCUAUGACCGCAUCCUGGACCUGCGCAUCGCCACACCCCAAAUCGUCAUCAACUACGCCAUGUUCCUGGAGGAGCACAAGUACUUUGAAGAGAGCUUCAAGGCGUACGAGCGCGGCAUCUCGCUGUUCAAGUGGCCCAACGUGUCCGACAUCUGGAGUACCUACCUGACCAAGUUCAUCGCCCGCUACGGGGGCCAGAAGCUGGAACGGGCACGGGACCUGUUUGAGCAGGCACUGGAUGGCUGCCCUCCCAAAUACGCAAAGACCCUGUACCUGCUGUACGCGCAGCUGGAGGAGGAGUGGGGCUUGGCCCGGCACGCCAUGGCCGUGUAUGAGCGCGCCACCAGGGCCGUGGAGCCCGCCCAGCAAUACGACAUGUUCAACAUCUACAUCAAGCGGGCGGCCGAGAUCUACGGGGUCACCCACACCCGCAGCAUCUAUCAGAAGGCCAUCGAGGUGCUGUCAGACGAGCACGCCCGGGAGAUGUGCCUGCGGUUCGCGGACAUGGAGUGCAAGCUCGGGGAGAUCGACCGCGCCCGGGCCAUCUACAGCUUCUGCUCGCAGAUCUGUGACCCCCGGACGACCGGGGCCUUCUGGCAGACGUGGAAGGACUUCGAGGUCCGGCACGGCAACGAGGACACCAUCCGGGAGAUGCUGCGGAUCCGCCGCAGCGUGCAGGCCACGUACAACACUCAGGUCAACUUCAUGGCCUCCCAGAUGCUCAAGGUGACGGGCAGCGCCACGGGCACUGUGUCCGACCUGGCCCCUGGGCAGAGCGGCAUGGACGACAUGAAACUGCUGGAACAGCGGGCCGAGCAGCUGGCGGCGGAGGCUGAGCAGGACCAGCCCUCACGGGCCCAGAGCAAGAUCCUGUUUGUGAGGAGUGACGCCUCCCGGGAGGAGCUGGCCCAGCUGGCCCAGCAGGCCAACCCGGAGGAGAUCGAGCUGGGCGAGGACGAGGACGAGAUGGACCUGGAGCCCAACGAGGUGCGCCUGGAGCAGCAGAGCGUGCCGGCCGCCGUGUUCGGGAGCCUGAAGGAAGACUGACUCCCAUCCC